AUGAAGUCAGCUAUCGAAAGAACAAAGUCCGAGCAUGCGCAUGACCUCAUGUCCGGACUUAAAUUAACUCGCGAAGAACAAUUUGCCAGCGAUUUCAAAAUCAACGUUUCCGAUGAAGCUUUCCCUGUUCAUCGUAACGUUUUAGUUUCCUGUUCCAACUAUUUCAAGGCCUUGUUCAAAAGCGAAAUGAUUGAAACACGAAAAGAAUAUAUUGAUAUGAAAGAAUCAGAUCCCGAUGCGGUAAAGCAAUGCAUUGACUUCAUGUACACUGGCGAAGCUAAUAUAACGUUGGAAAAUGUGGAAAGCAUUCUACAUGAAGCGACCUUGAUGGAACUUACUCGACUAAGAUCGCUCUGUUCCAUAUUUUUGCGAGAAAAUGUGAAUGUUGAAAACUGCAUUCAAUUCCGUGAAAUCACCCAAAAGAAGUGGAAAGUAGUCAAACUGUGGAUUAAAGGAAACGCUGAAAAUGAAGAAACAAUUCAAACUCACUUGAAAGAUCUCAUGGAUGUGUCUCAGUACCCAGUGGGUUUUCUCUUGGAUAAGGUGUUAAAGGAUUCCCUGGUACAGUCUUGUAAACAGGUGCACAAGAUGGUGGCUGACGCCGUUUUUAAAGAUGCCAAAAAACUUUCAAAACUCAUCUCUACGCAGAAUUGCAUUUCUAUAAAGGAUCUUGUCCGAGAGUAUUCUCCAACUAACAUGGCAGAGAUAAAUGAAGCAGCAGAUAAAUAUAUCAGGAAACAUUUUAAUCAAGUCUCGGAUACUUUAGAACAGUGA